AUGCUUUGGAUAUUAUGUGGAUGGUUUCGUCAACAGAAUGUCUCCGAUCGUGAAAAUUCAAGAAAACUAACGCAACAUCAACAUAUCCAAGAUCGCAAACUUUUCCGUCUCACUUCCAAACAUGACAACAACAUCCCAAUCGACCCUGAUAAAGUGGUGUUCAACUUCUCAAACCGCCUCAUUACUGACAGAGAGAAAGAAAUCCUUUCAAAAGGCUUAAACUUUUCCAUCCCACCGAAAAAGUUAAACAUUUGCACCUUCUUAACACCCUUUGAAAAACUCUACAACCGUCUCAAACGAGAACCUGUUAAUGAAUCAUCAGGAUUUUUUCCAGACUCGAUCAAAUGCAAAUUAAAAGACAUUGCUCACUCAGGUUUCCGAAGUUACAGCCCACCACCUUUUCUAUAUUCACAAGAAGACUUGAACAUUUUAAAUAAUUUAAAAAACGACAGAACUAUCCUCAUCACUAAACCUGACAAAGGAAAUGGCAUCGUUAUACUUAACAAAGACGACUACACAAAGAAAAUGGACACACUCUUAUCUGACACUACAAAGUUUCAAGCUCUUAAUGGAGAUCCAGUCAAAGUCACUUUACAACGAGAAAAUCAAGUGAAAUCUUUAUUAAAAAAGUUGAAAGAUGCCAAAUCUAUCGGGCAAGAAACGUACAAAGAACUUUACCCUACUGGUUCACGAAUAGGUAUAUUAUAUGGCCUUCCUAAAAUACAUAAAUGUAACAUCCCUCUCAGACCCAUUCUUUCCUCCAUUAAUCACUAUUCGUAUAAUCUAGCAAAGUUUCUCAUCCCACUCCUAAAACCCUUCACUAUAAGCAACCUCAUCAUCAAAGACUCUUUCUCGUUUGUUGAAGAAAUCCUAAACUGCGAUAUCAACUCCAGUAAUGUUGUCCUUGCUAGUUUUGAUGUCGUAUCCCUAUUUACCAACAUACCUGUUGACGAAACCAUCCACAUAAUAUCCAAAAGCAUUUUUAACAACCACCAGUACUUCAACGGACUCACUGCAACAGAAUUUGAAAAACUACUCUCUCUAGCUGUUAAGAACUGUCACUUUAUCUUUAACGGGAAAAUGUAUCAGCAAAUUGAUGGUGUGGCUAUGGGCAGUCCAUUGGGCCCUCUCUUUGCUGAUAUAUUCAUGUCCUUUCACGAAAAAUCCUGGCUUAAUAAUUGUCCCUCUUCAUUCAAACCACUACUUUACCGACGCUAA